AUGCUAAAAUCUUUGUUUUUAUUAGGUGUUUUGUUUUGUAGUUGUCUAACCAAACAUAUAGAGUAUCAAAUAGUGGAACUUGAGGAAGUCAAUUAUAAAAUAGUGAUAAAAGUAAUAGAUUUUUCAGCUUAUGCUCUUUCAGGUGUAAUUAUAAAUGUGAAGUACUUUUUUAUGUAAAAUUUAGGAAUGGUAAUUCAGAUAUAGGAGAGAAGAAUCUAAUGACAGAUAGUAGUGGUACAGUUACUAUAACUGGAAAAUUUGCAAAAUAAAAUUCAUACUAAAUAAUUGCUGUUGCAUCUACAACUUUCAAUAAUAUUUAGGCAUCUGCUUAAAUUAAUGGAAUUGUUGAUCAAUCUGGAACUAUAUUUUUCAAUGGAAAAGUCUAAUUUACAUAAUCUGAUGUAUAUGUCAAAGAUGAAUUUCAGCGUGGCUUAAUCUUUGUAAAUAUCAAUUCUAAUUAAAGAUAAAAACGCUAUCCAAUUCAAAACCAUUACCUGGAGUAUUAAUUAAAUUUACUGCUGUUUAUUUAGAUGUGUCAAAGUAGACAAAAGAAGUCAACUUUUUAGCAAUAACAAAUGAAAAAGGAGAAGAAAAUGUACGUUUUUUAUUACCUACCACUGGAGGUUCAUUCACCAUUUUAUAUACAGCAUCUAAAUAUGAAUAUUGGAACACUUAAUAAUUAGAUAGAAAUUCUUAACAUUACAUUUUAUGGCCGUAUUAGAAUUCUUUAUUAUAUUAGAGAAUAGAAAUAUGAAUUAUCAGUUAAUAUUGAGCUCUAACCUGGACAAUUUUAAUAUCUUUUGACUGCCUUAAUAUAAGAUUCAAAUUUAAAACCAUUACAAGGAGCUAAAUUUUAAGUUACAGGAACUAAUUUAGGAUCGAAUUAAUAAUUAAUAGAAAAUAAUAUUAUUAGUGGAUCUGAUGGAAAAAUAUCAAUUAUUUAUAAUCUAAAAGCUACUCCUAAAUUGCAUUUGAAAGAAUUAGUAACUAAAGACGGAUAUCAAAGUUAUAGUUCAGAAUUUGAUUAAGAUUUUGAUCUCAAUAUAAAAAAAGAUCAAUUUACAAAGGAUUUAGGUAUUAUUAAAUUAUAAGAUGCUUCUGGAGAUUUAUAAGUAUAAUCUAUCUUAAAUUAUUUGUUAGAUUUCAGGUAUUAUUAAAGAUUCUUCAAAAAUAUUUUAAUUUGUUUAAGGUGCUGAAAUUGUGUUCACUAUUAUUGAUAGUAUUUAACCAGUAAAAGUAUUAACUGAUGCUUAAGGAAAAUUCAAUGUACAUAUCUUUGUACCAUCAAAUUAAAAUAUAUAUGUUAAGGCAAUUGUGAAAGCCAAAGGAUUUAUUGAUUAAGAAAUUACACCUAAAUUAAUCAAUGUCCCUUCUAAAUAACCUUUUUUAUUACAAUAUGAUAUUGUACUUGAUAGAAAGGUUAAUGAAAUUAUCAUCAAAGAUUAAUUAGUAGAUCUAAAUGGAAAUCCUAUCUAAAAUCCUAAAAUUAAAUUAAUUGAAAGUAAUCCUCCCAUGAAUGAUAAAUCUCUCUAUAAUAAAGAAAUAAUUGGAAAAUAAGAGUAAAAAAUAUUAUUUAUUUAAAUAGUGGUACAUUUGAAUAUAAAUUUGCUUGUUAUGAAGAUUAAAAGUUCACAGCUACAUUUGUAUUUCAAGUUCAAUAAUUUGUACCUGUUACUUACAAAACAGCUGAAUUAGAAUGUAAAAAUUAAGACUUAAUUAAAACUUCAAUAUCUUUAUCUAAAUCAACUUCCCUUCUAACUAUUAAGGGUAAAGUUCUUGAUGUUGAUUAGAAACCUAUGAAAGGAUUAUAACUGACAUUUAAAUCUGAUCCAAAUUUAACAAUUGCUAAUCCUAAUUUAGUAACCGAUGCAAAUGGUGAUUGGUAAAUUGACAAUUUAACUGUUAUACCUUAGAAUAAUUAUAAAUUUACAAUCGAAUAUAUGAAUGAUAUUAAAUAAUUGACUUAAGUAUCAUCUACAUAUACACCUUCAAUGGAUAAAUAAUAAACUUAUACUUUUCCAAUAAUUGGAUAUUAAAGAUUUGUUAAAGUCAAAUUAACUGGUAGAAUAACACCUUCUGAUGGAAAAGCAUCUGUUCCAAUACCAUUGGUUAUUACUUGUGAUUCUAAAGGGAGAGAUGGUAAUCCAAUAUAGGUGGAAACAACUACUAAGGAAGAUGGAUCAUAUUCUGUUGAUUUAGAAACAUUGGCAGGAUCAGAUAAACCUUUAUAAUGUGUAAUCACUAAUGCUUAAAUUAAAUUGCCUGGAUAAUCAGGUUAAUCUGGAUCAACUGGAUCAACUGGAUCUACAGGAUCAACUGGAUCUACAGGAUCAACUGGAUCAACUGGAUCAACUGGAUCUACAGGAUCAACUGGAUCAACUGGAUCAACUGGAUCUACAGGAUCAACUGGAUCUACUGGAUCAACUGGAUCUACAGGAUCAACUGGAUCUACUGGAUCAACUGGAUCUACAGGAUCAACUGGAUCAACAAAUCCUGUCUCAACUAAUCCUGUUUCAAGUGUUUAACCUAUAAAAAUUAAUGUUGAAGUAAAAGGUCCAAGUUGGUCUUCUAGUACUAAUAUACCAGUUACUUAUAAUAGUGUUGAUAUUACAAUAAAAGGGAUAGUGAGUGAUAAAACAAAAACAAUAGGAGGAAUAGAAAACACAGAUGUAGUGUUAAUAAUUACGCCAUAAGAUAUCUAUGUUUAGAACAAACACUUAUUGGAAUAAUAUUUAUUCUAUAAAAGACAUUAUCAGAAUACAUUAUCAUAAUCAAAAUUAAGCACAAAGACUGGAAAAGAUGGUUCAUAUAUAUUUAGUUUUAAAGCUGUGUAAGCAUAUACUUUAAAAUUUUAAAUUUAAGCAUAAAAUCCUUUGUUUAAAACCGAGAAUAAGAUAAUUGAAGAGAAAUGUUUAUAAUCUAUUACUUUAAAUGAAAAUAUUGAAUUGGAUAGAAUAACAAUAUUAACAAAAUUACAUUCUACUUUAUUUAGUAGUGAUAAGAAACCUAUUCCAAAUGCUACUAUUAAGAUGACUUAAUCAGAACCUUUGAUGAAGGAUUCUAAAUAUUAUAAUAUAGAAAUUAAAGAUGAUGAUAAAGGAUCAUUUUAUGCUAAUUUUGAAUGUUACAAAGAUUUUGAAUAUAUUGUUACAUUCUAAAUAGAUGUACCUUAAUAUGAAGAAUAAAAAAUUAAAAGUUCUAAAUUUAAAUGUGAUAAAGAAUAAAUUGAAUUGAAUCCCAUAACUUUAAAUUUAUAGAAACUAGAAAUCAAAGGAAUUUUAGCAGGAAAGGUAGUAGAUCCUCAUGGGAAACCAGUUGCUAAUUUACCAAUUACUAUCACAACCCAACCUGAGAGUGCAACUAUAACAACAAAAAGUUAAAGUGAUGGUACUUGGACAGCAACAAUUCCUAAAAUAUAUCCUAAUACUGAAUACAAAGCUAUUAUUUAAUAUUAAGAUAUUAAUAAAUAAUAUUAGAAAUUAGAAUAGAAAUUUUCAGUAUAGAGUGAUAAUCAAAAAAUAUCUGUUUAGGAUAUUAAUUAUAUUGAUUUUGUAGAUGCUAGGAUUAUAGGUAAAAUAGAGUUAGAGAAAGGUAAAUUAUCAUAACCAGUAACUAUGAAUUUGAGUUGUUAAGGGUUUAAGGAUUCAAAAGGUCCCAUUAAUAAAGAUUUUACAACAGAUAAAAAUGGAAAUAUUGAUAUUUCAUUUUAAGUAUUAACUAAACAUGAUGAUAAAAUUGAAUGUGUUAUAAAACCAAAGGACAUAAUUUUAGANCUGGAUCUACUGGAUCAACUGGAUCUACAGGAUCAACUGGAUCAACAAAUCCUGUCUCAACUAAUCCUGUUUCAAGUGUUUAACCUAUAAAAAUUAAUGUUGAAGUAAAAGGUCCAAGUUGGUCUUCUAGUACUAAUAUACCAGUUACUUAUAAUAGUGUUGAUAUUACAAUAAAAGGGAUAGUGAGUGAUAAAACAAAAACAAUAGGAGGAAUAGAAAACACAGAUGUAGUGUUAAUAAUUACGCCAUAAGAUAUCUAUGUUUAGAACAAACACUUAUUGGAAUAAUAUUUAUUCUAUAAAAGACAUUAUCAGAAUACAUUAUCAUAAUCAAAAUUAAGCACAAAGACUGGAAAAGAUGGUUCAUAUAUAUUUAGUUUUAAAGCUGUGUAAGCAUAUACUUUAAAAUUUUAAAUUUAAGCAUAAAAUCCUUUGUUUAAAACCGAGAAUAAGAUAAUUGAAGAGAAAUGUUUAUAAUCUAUUACUUUAAAUGAAAAUAUUGAAUUGGAUAGAAUAACAAUAUUAACAAAAUUACAUUCUACUUUAUUUAGUAGUGAUAAGAAACCUAUUCCAAAUGCUACUAUUAAGAUGACUUAAUCAGAACCUUUGAUGAAGGAUUCUAAAUAUUAUAAUAUAGAAAUUAAAGAUGAUGAUAAAGGAUCAUUUUAUGCUAAUUUUGAAUGUUACAAAGAUUUUGAAUAUAUUGUUACAUUCUAAAUAGAUGUACCUUAAUAUGAAGAAUAAAAAAUUAAAAGUUCUAAAUUUAAAUGUGAUAAAGAAUAAAUUGAAUUGAAUCCCAUAACUUUAAAUUUAUAGAAACUAGAAAUCAAAGGAAUUUUAGCAGGAAAGGUAGUAGAUCCUCAUGGGAAACCAGUUGCUAAUUUACCAAUUACUAUCACAACCCAACCUGAGAGUGCAACUAUAACAACAAAAAGUUAAAGUGAUGGUACUUGGACAGCAACAAUUCCUAAAAUAUAUCCUAAUACUGAAUACAAAGCUAUUAUUUAAUAUUAAGAUAUUAAUAAAUAAUAUUAGAAAUUAGAAUAGAAAUUUUCAGUAUAGAGUGAUAAUCAAAAAAUAUCUGUUUAGGAUAUUAAUUAUAUUGAUUUUGUAGAUGCUAGGAUUAUAGGUAAAAUAGAGUUAGAGAAAGGUAAAUUAUCAUAACCAGUAACUAUGAAUUUGAGUUGUUAAGGGUUUAAGGAUUCAAAAGGUCCCAUUAAUAAAGAUUUUACAACAGAUAAAAAUGGAAAUAUUGAUAUUUCAUUUUAAGUAUUAACUAAACAUGAUGAUAAAAUUGAAUGUGUUAUAAAACCAAAGGACAUAAUUUUAGAUACUGGAUCUAAAGUUGAAUUAAUACCUCCUAAUUUUGAAGUAAAUGGAUUAACAAUAAAAAGUAAAUUCUUAUCAACAUUAUUUACAAUAAAUGGCAAAUUGAUCGAUGAAACAAAAAUUGAAGAGAAAUUAUCAGGGAUAUCAAUAAAUCUUAACUUAAAAUAAUAAGACCCACUUACUAAUUAAUAAAUAAAUAUUAAAAGUUUAAAUGAUGGAACAUUUACAUUUAUAUUCGAACUUCUAAAAGGUAUUAAUUAUGAUGUAACAAUUACUGUUGAGGCUUAGCCAUAAUUUUAAAUUACUAAUAAUAAUAUAUAGUUAAUUGGAAAAGAAGAAAAAUAAUCAAUUAAUUUAAGUAUUUCAUUAAAGAGAGUUAUAAUUGAUUGUAUAAUAAAUGGAUCCUUGAUUGAUUCUAAAAAUAAUCCAAUCUAAAAUGCAAAAGUUGAAAUCUUAAGUUCAAUUCCAUAAAUGUAGAAUAAUUUAUUAUACAAUAAAUUAGUUUAAGCAAAUAAAGGGGAUUUCUCAAUACCAUUUUAAUGUUAUAAUUAAUUAUCUACCACAUUAACAAUGGAUAUGUAAUCAGAUGCCUUUCCUAAAUAACCUUUACCUCCUUAAACUUUUACUUGUGGUGAAAAAGAUCUCAAACUUAAACCAAUAUAAGUAUCCACUAAAACAGUAUAAAUAACAGUCUCUGGUGUAUUAACUGAUAAAACUGGAAUUUCGAAAAAUGCUUAAAAUGCAGAUAUUGAAAUAGUUUUAACUCCACCAGAUCCAUUAGCUACAAAUCUUAAAACUAAAUCUGAUACAAAUGGAAAAUAUACCUUAACUUUUGGUGCUGUCAAAGAUUAAACUUAUACUGCUGUCAUCCAAAUAAAUCAUCCAGAAUUUAAUCCCUUUAAAUCAUCUAAUAUUGCAAUAACAACUAAUAAAGAUCAAACUAUAAUUCAGGAUGCUGCAUUAGAUAGAAUAAUAUUAUAAGCCACAAUAUCAUCUACUUUGACUGAUCCUUAAGGAAAAAAAUCCCCUAUUUCAACAUUAACAGUAGAAUCACUAUAACCUAUUGUUAAAGGAACAGAAAAAAAUAAAAUAACUAGUAAAACUGAUACAAAUGGUAAAUUUAAUCUAUAAAUACCUUGUUAUAAAAAUACAGAAGGAUCUUUUAUUUUAGAUGUUUAAGCUGAUAAAUAUAAAGACACAAAAAGUGAUAAAAUAUCUUUUUUAUGUAAUGGACCUUAAAUUUAACUACCACCAAUAAAAAUAAAGUAAGAAUUAACUCCUACUAAUACUAAAUUAACUGUUGGAGGUGAAAUUAUUGGUCCAAAAGGUAAAGGAUAAUCUGGAGUCUAAAUAACAUUAAUUACAGAUCCAGUUACUAAAGAAUAUAAUGCUAAAACUGGAUCUGAUGGUAAAUGGUAAUUAUUAGAUGAUUAAUUAUAAUUUGGAAUAAAAUAUUAAGUAACUGAAUAAUUUUUAGAUGCUAGUGGAUAAUUACACAAAAUUACAUUACCAUUUUAAACAAAUGAUGAGAAGUCAGAAUUGAUGUUUCCAUAAUAAUUAUAUGAUGAUUAUUUACCAUUUGAAGUGAAUGGUUAAGUUACUUCUGAAGGAGGAAUAGCUCCAACGAAUGUACCUGUUUCUAUGUAAUGUGAUGGUUUUGGAUAAGACAAAAGACCAAUUGACAUUAAAACUAAUACUGAUAAUUUAGGUCUUUAUUAAAUAAAGUGGAAUAUGUUAAUGAAUUCUAAUUCUAAAGUUUAAUGCUUUGUAAUUACUUAAGAAACAGCUAAAUUUAAAUAAACAUCAUAUUAGUUCUAUAUUAAUCCAAAUAGUGAAAUUGUAAAGGUAUCUACUUAAGCUUAAGUAACACCAGAAUUCAAAGGAUAACUUAAUAAAUAUUAUCAAUAUUCUUCUAUAAGUGGUGUUGUAAUGGCAGAAUUUGAUUGUGAUGGUAGAUUAGAUUGGAGAGGAUUAGAAGGAGUUAAUAUUAAAUUAAAAUAAUGGAAUGGUAUUACAUUUAAUGAUUUAAAAACUGAAACGAAGAGUGACAAAAAUGGUCUCUUUGUUAUCAAAUAUUAAGUAUUAAAAAGGUAUUAUAUAUAAUUAUUAAUUAAUAGUUAAAUAUAAAAUGAGAUGAGAUUAGAAUUUAAUAAAGAAAACUAUUAUCCAGCCUCAGCAGAUUUUAAUAUCUAUUCUUUUGAUCCUUAACCAGAUGGUACAUAUCUAGUCUAGUUAUCUAAUAUUAAGAUGGUUAAAAUAGGAGUUGCAGAUAAAUGUCCAUAAAAAAAACGUAAACAUUGA